AAUCUGGAAAAUUCUAGUUCAUUCAGCGGCGACCUCUUGGUUCUUAAUUCUUAUGGAAGAAAGAAGUAGUGUUACACUCUUGUCAAUACUACAUAUUUGUUACGUAGCCUCCGCUCUCCACCCUUGAAUAUGGGAUCUUAUAGGAAAACAAAGCUGGCAAUCGAUGCUUUUCGCAAUUUUACAUCGAAGAUUGUCUCAAGAGCAACUCCUAUUCGAGAAUCCUUCCCAAGGAUAUUCCCAAAUGGACCAUCAAUUUCUCAUACAAAUACCAAUACAGCUAAGUUUUCUGAUUUCUCUUUGUAUCCGGUUGUUUCUCGGAGACCAUUUUUUUCAAAUAUUACGCGUCAAUCCAAUCCCUUUUUGGGUGGUGCCAAGAGAUUUUAUUAUGUAGAUCGAUAUAAGGUUCACCAUUUCAGGCCACGAGGGCCUAGACGGUGGUUCAAGAAUCCAACCACCGUCUUGAUUGUGGUCUUGGUGGGUUCUGGAGUUGUUAUCACCGUUUAUUUUGGAAAUUUAGAGACUGUACCCUACACAAAACGAAAACACUUCGUGCUUCUGUCAAUACCUAUGGAGAGGAAGCUUGGGGAGGCUCAAUUUGAUCAAUUGAAGACAACAUUUAAAGGAAAAAUACUGCCUGCAAUUCACCCUGAAAGCAUAAGGGUGCGUUUGAUAGCUAAAGAUAUCAUUGAGGCCCUGCAAAGAGGGUUGAAAAAAGAGCAAGUGUGGAGUGAUUUGGGAUAUGCGUCCCCUGAGAGCAGUGGGGUUCCUGAGAAAGGCGUCCAAGAUACUUUGAUAGCGUUGAUUGAAGGUAAAGAGGAGGAGGAGAAGUGGUUUAGAGAAGAUGAGAUUCUUGAUGAUGAGUGGAUUCAGCAGAGUCGGAAGAAGGGUCAGGAAAGAGGAGCACAGGCUACUACAUCACAUUUGGAGGGAUUGAACUGGGAGGUUUUGGUGGUUAAUGAACCUGUUGUUAAUGCUUUCUGCUUGCCGGGUGGGAAGAUUGUUGUGUUUACUGGGUUAUUGGAACAUUUCAGGACUGAUGCUGAGAUAGCAACCAUACUUGGGCAUGAGGUUGGGCAUGCUGUGGCUCGACAUUCAGCUGAAAUGAUCACGAAGAAUUUAUGGUUUGCCAUUAUACAGCUGAUAAUGUAUCAGUUCGUUAUGCCUGAUCUGGCCAACAUCAUGUCAACUCUUCUAUUGCGGCUUCCUUUCUCUCGAAAGAUGGAAAUUGAAGCCGAUUACGUUGGACUGUUAUUGAUGGCUUCCGCUGGAUAUGAUCCUCGAGUGGCCCCCAAAGUUUAUGAAAAGUUGGGAAAAGUUUCGGGUGACUCAGCGCUGAGGGAUUAUUUUUCCACUCAUCCAUCUGGAAAGAAGAGAGCUCAAUUGCUUGCUCAGGCUAAAGUCAUGGAAGAAGCACUCGCAAUUUAUAGAGAAGUAAGAAUGGGACGUGGUAUUGAAGGCUUUCUGUAGGGCAGCAUACCUCUGGAGUUGGUACCUAGAGUGAAGUUGGAAGGUACUUUUAUUUGUUUAAUUCGGCCACAUACACAUUCUAUUUUGUUUCCUGGCCAGCUUUCAAAAUUUUAGAGUCUCUGUACGAUAGCAUUUGCAAGAGGAAAUUUAUUCUAUGAAGGUUAUUAGUUCUGUUAAAUACGUCAAUGGUUAUCUUAUGUGAAGGUGUAUGAUUCAGGUUUCAGGUUU